AUGCCUGUGCAGACUAUAUCAUUGACGGAUCCCAACACUUCAUUCGGGUCCCACGGUGCUGGUGUACUAUCAAUACGUCCAUUUAACACGUCCCGCAUCAAAAUUGCUGCAACGGCUUUUCUUCGACAUGGAUAUCUAACACCUUCACACCAACAUAUCAACGAGCUGAGGCGGCACAAUCAAUCUGUUCUGGCAUGCACACUUCCUGAACAAGUCCUGCAGAACAUAUUUAUAACCUGCGCCCAGCUCACCGCUCAAGAUUUUGAGAACAGUGAUUGGAGCUGGGUCAAUAUUUCAUAUGUUUGCUCGACAUGGCGACGCAUACUUCUUGAUUGUCCUGACUUUUGGAGAUACGUCGACUUUUCAGAUCCGCGGUGGCAUGCAGUUACAUUAAGUCGCGCAAAGAUGUCCUCUAUCCACGUCAUCACCACUGUUACGGAGAAUAAUAUUCGCCUAUUGCAUCGUAGCCUGCAGCUAGCGCACAGAAUUCAAGACAUACACCUUAAAUCCUCCAUUGAGAAUAUAUACCCUCUUCUAGAUAUUUUGGCGCAUCCAAAUCCUGCGCUAGAGUCUCUUAUAAUCGACAUUCAUAUACCACAGAACAAUGGACCCAUAAGCGGGUUCGGUCCUCCUUCUUUUCCUACGACAGGGCCUCCGUUAACGAACUUGAAAUAUCUCGAAUUGCACCACGCCCCAUUCUAUCUUUUGACCUCUCGCUGUACAUCUCUGACCCAUUUCCACCUCCAUGACCUUCCACACUCUGAGAGACCAACCCUCCGCUAUUUCCUCUUCAUGCUUGAACAGCUCAAGCAGCUGCGAUACCUAACCUUGGAUCGGGCAUUCCCCAUAAAUAUGGAUAUGGAUGACAUCAAAGCCUUGGAACGUCCUAUUCGCUUGCCCCGAUUAGAGAGCAUCUCUUUAGUUGGCUCUGUUCCCGACAUCGCCAACAUCCUUGCAUGUAUCACCAUUCCUGCAUCUACUCAUCUGGUCUGCAAGAUCUACACCCUAUCGGAUAUCAAAGGCAACAUAUGGAAGCUCACAGAAGCGCUAAGCUCGCACUCAUGGGGCGAGCAGGACGUCGACUCGCCGCUAGAAACGCUCGUUAUCUCAGGCAGCCAGAGCGACUGUCCACGGUACAAAGACAGCGCCGUACCCUUUCCUAACCCUGAUUUCCGGCAGUCUCUACGCAUCCGCGCUUUCCGCGCAGAGCUAAGCAGAGGUGGUGCCGCCAUUGAUAUCACCAUCUCCCCUGACCAAGGUGAUGCGUCUAACGACCAUGGAAUCAUCACCGCACUCUCGGCGAUCUGGCGCGCGCUCCCACUCACCCACAUCCACACGCUGGCGCUGCAAGACGUCGACAUCAUCACGCAAAAGACGUGGUCACCCUUCCUGCGCACGCUGCCGUCUCUGCGUGUGCUGGACAUCACAGGCCGAGCCCCAUCCGGGUUGGUGUGGGCUCUGCUACUCAACGCCCGCUCUCACGGGCAAGGGCUCAAGGGAGACGGUGAUGCCCAGCGCCUUCUCGUCCCGCGGCUAGCCGAUCUGUAUCUCCAAAACGUCGAUUGUUCAAGUGGCGGGUACAUGGUUGCGGCGCGGGCACCUGUGAACUCGCAUUUCGAUCUUGACGACUCUCGUUUCCUCGACGUGCUCGUCGCAUGUCUGAACAAGCGCCGCAAGUUCGGGCUAUGCCUUCGCAGUCUAUCCAUCGGCCGUUGCAGCCAUGUGCUUCGCAGCACAGUCAUUGCCGCCCGCAAGACGGUCGCGUAUCUUACUUUCGACUGCCUAAAUGUAGAGAAAGAUGAAGACGUUGAUCCAUCUUAUCCCGCUCGAUAUUCAAGUGGUUGUGACUUUCGAAAUUCCAAGACCCGUCAUUAUUACCGCCUUCGCACGCUGAUACAGCUCGACGCCGAAGGCUAG